AUGACGGCAGCUAAGAAGCUCAUCGUCUGUGGAGGCAACGGCUUCUUGGGGUCACGAAUCUGCAAAUAUGCCGUAGCUCGGGGCUGGGACGUGACAUCAGUCAGCCGCUCUGGAGAACCUCGAUGGGACUCUGUCACAUCAAGUGCAACGCCCCCUCCAUGGGCUCAUAAGGUCUCAUGGGAGCGGGCCAACAUCCUCGAGCCUUUAACCUAUGCACCCUUGCUCAAAGGCUCCGAUUAUGUUGUUCACAGCAUGGGGAUUCUCUUGGAGGCAGACUACAAGGGCGUCAUUUCUGGCCGAGAAUCCCCCAUCACGGGGCUCCAAAAGGCGUUCGCUACUGUACGAGAUCGAGGCAUUGACCCUAUACAUAACAAGCCCGAAGACACGAUCAAGCCUUCCAACCCCAAGGACCAGAUGUCGUACGAAGUCAUGAACCGUGAUAGUGCCAUUUCACUAGCCAGACAUGCCGCUGCCGAGAACGCCAGUGCAUUUUGCUUCAUCUCUGCCGCGGCUGGGGCACCGGUUCUGCCUCAUCGAUACAUUUCCACCAAGCGAGAGGCAGAGAUAUCUAUCGCCACCAACUACCCUCAGAUGCGCGGCAUCUUCAUGCGGCCACCUUUCAUGUACGACAGCUCACGCAAGAUCACAAUGGGCCUCGCCGCGGCGACCGGUGCAGGAGCCUUGUUCAACACCCUGACAGGGGGCGUCCUCAAGGGCUUCAUGGGCGCUGCUGGAACCAAGCCCCUUCAAGUCGAUACAGUUGCCGAAGCCGUGGUUGAGGCGCUUGCAGACGAGACAACAAAGGGUCCCGUGGAGCCGGAGCAGAUUGAGGAGCUUGCGUCAAAGGGUUGGAGGAAGACAAUGCUGUAA